UUAACUAAUGUAUGAUACAGUAGACAUUGGGCUACAUACAGUCAACAAUCCUGAAUAUGGGUCUCGGGCGGCGCCAGUUGACCGCUGCAUCUCAAAGCUGAGCGCUGCUCAUUAUUGACAAGCUUAAGGCGGUGAAGUAAAACUUUGGUCACAAUGAGAGUUUCAGCACUCUGGACAGCGCUGGUCUUGCUUCUGAUUCAAGCCACCUCGCGAGCCUGCACAGUCAAGAAACUGAGCAAUAAUACCGGACGCUUUGCCAACGCCACCUUGGUACGCCUCUCCGAAUACUUGAGUGCUGGGUACAAGAAGGGUGUGAGACCCGUGCGCAACUGGCGAAAUUGCACAAUGGUGGCCAUCGACCUUAUGGUGUACUCUAUCCUCAGUGUGGAUGAGAAGAACCAGGUUCUGACAACAUAUAUAUGGUACAGGCAGGAAUGGACAGACGAAUUCUUGGUAUGGAACCCAGAGGACUUUGAUGAUGUGAAUCAGAUGUCCAUACCGACUGCGAAUGUGUGGGUGCCUGACAUACUAAUCAACGAGUUUGUGGAUGUGGGGAAGUCUCCGGACAUUCCCUAUGUGUACGUGACCCAUUAUGGACUAGUGCGCAACUACAAGCCUAUCCAGGUGGUGACCGCCUGCACUCUCAACAUCUACAACUUCCCCUUCGACGUCCAGAACUGCAGCCUGACCUUUCAGAGCUGGCUCCAUACCCUUAAUGACAUCGAUCUCAAGCUGAUGAGGAGCGCAGAGGAACUCAAGGUGGACAAGAGUGUCUUCAUGAACCAGGGCGAGUGGGAGCUGCUACACGUCCUGUCCAAAUACAAGCGCUUCAGUCUGGACAACAUCGACUCCUAUGCAGAGAUGAAGUUCAAUGUGGUGAUCCGACGCAGACCUCUGUUCUACACCGUGAACCUGCUGCUGCCCAGCAUCUUCCUGAUGGUGAUGGACCUGGUGGGCUUCUAUCUCCCUCCGGACAGUGGAGAGAGGGUGUCCUUCAAGAUCACCCUGCUUCUGGGCUACUCCGUCUUCCUCAUCAUUGUCUCUGACACGCUGCCCGCCACCGCCAUCGGGACGCCACUCAUAGGUGUAUACUUUGUAGUGUGCAUGGCCCUGUUGGUGAUCAGCCUGACAGAGACAGUGUUGAUAGUGCGACUGGUGCAUAAGCAGGACCUGCAGCCCCAUGUACCCCAGUGGCUCAAACACUUGGUGCUGGAGCGGGCCACAGUCCUCCUCUGCAUCCGCAACAAACACAGCCUGUGCUCCAUGCUGUCCAGGGACUCCGACCAUCUGGGCCACUACAAAGAGAACAACAUCAGCCCAGCUCGAUGCAAUCACCACCACCACCUUCACCACACCUGCGAGAGCGGCCGUGGUGGCGGGGACAUCAUGGAGCGGGGUCUGGGGGGUCUGUCUGUGGUGCGUGACAACACGCCGCCCGUCAUGGACAACAUCCUGCAGGAAAUCUCGUCUAUCCGCGGCUUCCUGGAGAAGAGGGACGAGUCCCGGGACAUCGCCAAGGAGUGGCUGCAGGUGGGCUACGUGCUGGACGUGCUGCUCUUCAGGGUCUACCUGGUGGCCAUGCUGGCCUACAGCAUCACCCUGGGGACCCUCUGGUCCGUGUGGCAGUAUGCCUGAGGGCCUCACAGUGGAGGAGGGCCUGACGGUGAAGGUGGAGGGUCUUACUGUGGAGAAGGGGACAUAGAGGGCUAAAGCGUGCCUGAUACAAAGCGUUUUAUUGAGGUCGAUCUAUUUAGUUGAGCCUCAUGGUGGAGGUAAAGUAGGGGGUAGUUUGAGUCUGGGGUAAUUCUUGGGAGUAGAGGAACGAGGGGGAAGAUGAUAGAUUGGAUGAUGGUAUAGUUUACAUUCAUUUCCCUUAGCCAGUUGCCCCUUUCUAACACUGUCUAUCUUACUGCCCUGUGUAUUGUUCGGGUCUUGAUUACCUAGGAAAGGCCUAAAGAACUGUUGAAAAAGUUCAGAUAUUGUAUCCUUUGUCAGCAUACAGGUGUAUUUAUAUUUGUUUAUUUGGAUCCCCAUUAGCUUUUGCAGACACAGCUACUCUUCCCGUAGUCCAAAAAAACACAACACAACACGUGACAGGUAACAAAACACUGAUAGACAAGAACAAUCACACACAUUUAAAAUACAACGAGAUACACACAAUACAACAAAAAAAUAAAGUAUGCUACUUUAUAUGGCACAAUAUUUCAUGCAUUAUUCACUUUUUCUCAAAAUCAUCUACUACGUGUACCAACAGCUGUAUUUAUGUGACGGAAACCAUAUCUUUAUAAUAGCCGACAUGGUACCAUGCACAUAAAAUGAAUAAAUAUGCCAUACCUUAGAUUUUGUAUGUUCAAUAAUGUGUAAUAUAGUUGGGGAGCAAUGAGCUCAAAGCAUAUUUCAUAAUGUUUUUUUAUGUCUCUUCAAGCUUUAUUUACUUAUGGAGGAGAGGUAUUGCGAUUUGCUUGCAUUUGCUUUUAAAUGGCAUAGUCUGUAUAUUCCAAGAUCAACUUCACUCCUUCAGUUAAAUAGUGUUAAUAUUGUUAAUAAAAUAUAGGUAACAUAUAACAUGCUGUUGAUCACAUUUAAAUAGAUAAAGGAUAUUAACUUGUGCUAAAGUAACUGCAAUACUCAUUCACCUGGUGUUCACUCUAACAUUAUGAAAAGUGUGACUAUUAAAGUGAAUUGAAUUAUGUUCCUUAUAUGCAUUAUGUUCCUUAUAUGUAACAUUGCCUUUAAAAGCUGCUUGGUCUACAAGCACGAUUGGAUUGAAUCCCGUCUGUGUCACCAUUAUAUCGGGAUACAAUGAUGACAGACGGGAUUCAAUCCAAUCACCCUUGUAGGCCAAGCUGCUUUUAAAGGCAAUGUUACCACGUUCUCCCCCUUGCGGAGAUCGCAUUCAAGGAAAACGCUGCAGAUGUCGGCUCAAUUGGAAAUUACCUUUAAAUGUCAAGUGGGCUAUAGCGUGGUUUUUAAUUGAAUCCUGGCCACAGUUUGUUUGCUUUAAGCUUUUCCGUUGAAGGUCUGAAUUUACUUAAUUCGGCCAAUGUCCACAUUUAAGUGAUGGGAGGUGAAAAAGUAAUUGUCGGUUAGGGUUUAAGGCGCCAUCGAAGUGACUACAAUACACCACACUAACCACAGGGUGGCACAGUAGUUCUCUGCCCAGCACUAACCUCCCCCAUGCUCUCGUCCAGCGGUGGUAUGGGUAUUAUUAAUCCCUCCCAGGGAUGGCCCUAGCCCGCAGACUGACACUAAUGUACUAAUCGUAAAGAUUUUGGCCUUACUGGAAAAUGCACUCGGCGGGUGUGCCCUGAUAGGAUAAAUGCCAUUGACACCCUACAUAAUUAAAGCCUAAAACGGUUCCACAGUUAAUGGGAGCAUCGAUCCCAAUACAAUCAAUGAGGAUCCAAGCAGCAGCAGGCACUGGGUCUGUGCCUGACUGGGCCUUUUAGUUCAGUACUCUGCCUGGCUGGCUGACUCUGUGCUUGUCACUCAAUAGACAGUUAAAGAUGUACUCAUAAAAAUGGUUUAGGGAUACAGUUGACUGUUUUAUUCCCCCUGGGGGUUGAUUUUUAGCUAUAAAAGAAGUUUAUCAGUGUGAAGCUUGGAUAAGAACAUCUCUGAAAUGUCUGAUAUGUAUAAAUUGUGUUUUAAUGAUUCCUGCUAUCACUGUUCUUGAUUCUGCAAUUCUAAAACAAAUGACAG